GUUCUUCGCAAGAAUCCCUCUGAGAGGAGGCGGGAAAUGGCGUCCCGAGCAGCUGUAGUUGAUCUAUCCACUGUUCUGUGACUCACGCUCAGCGGAUAACUCACCGACUGAGGUUUCCUCGGGCCGCAGAAACAGCUGUGGACUCAUCCACAACAUCUCCGGAUCGUGCCGCCUUGACCCUUGUCAUCCUUACAUGUGACUUUUGGGACGAUGAGGCUGAGAAUGCGUAAAGCAUCUCAGCAGCGGAGCACCACCCUGUCCGCCCGGACCGCCAAGACCAAGAGGAAGCACUCCGAGGUGGAAAGCAGUUUGCCCUCAGAAGACGGCAAGAUGCCGAAACGAGACACAGGCAUUUUCUCCACCAUCAAACGGUUCAUCAGAGGCAAUGCUGUCAAGGUGGAGCAGUGCACUCCUGCUAAGAGGAGCCGUGUUGACUGUGAUUCAGACAGUAAUCUGAUCACAUCCACUCCGACCGGUGGAAAUCUGCCCAGCAGAGCAAAUCCCAGAACCCGCAGGAAAGGCCCUGUCAACGGAGAUACCAUGACAGGUCAGAGUAAACCAGUGAAGCCCAAUGGCAAGCUGGAGGUGGAGACAGAAGUUCCAAACAGUCCUCCCCGUACUACCCUCCUGGGUACAAUCUUUUCUCCUGUUUUUAGCUUCUUCUCACCAGCCACCAAAAAUGCUACAGCUGGCUCUGAUUCCCCAGGCCAGGCUGUUGAGGCCGAAGAGAUUGUAAAGCAACUUGAGAUGGAGCAGCUUGAAGAAACCCCUACCAGCACUAGCACUGAUGGCAGAGAGCUGACCUUUGACCCUGCACUAAACCCUAGAACGCUGCCGCAUGCAGACACAACAGUGGAGGAAGGCGAGAUUGUCACAGAGGCGGAUAUGCCACCGCUCACUGUCGUAGGAUCCAACAGCAAUUACCCCGAUGUUCCACCAUCACCUCCUCCGGAGGGAACUUACGAAGAGGACUGGGAAGUUUUUGACCCCUAUUUCUUCAUCAAACACGUGCCACCCUUGACCGAGGAGCAGCUAACCCGUAAACCAGCGCUGCCUCUCAAAACCAGGAGCACUCCAGAGUUCUCCCUCGUCCUGGAUCUUGAUGAGACGUUGGUACACUGCAGCCUAAAUGAAUUGGAGGAUGCAGCCUUGACCUUCCCUGUGCUUUUCCAGGAUGUAAUUUACCAGGUUUACGUCCGAUUACGGCCGUUUUUCAGAGAAUUCUUGGAGCGUAUGUCUCAGAUUUUUGAGAUCAUUCUCUUUACUGCUUCCAAGAAGGUGUAUGCUGACAAGUUGCUGAACAUCCUGGAUCCUAAAAAACAGUUGGUUAGGCAUAGAUUGUUUCGUGAACACUGCGUAUGCGUUCAAGGCAACUACAUUAAAGACCUUAACAUCCUCGGCAGAGAUCUCUCCAAGACGGUGAUCAUUGACAACUCACCUCAGGCUUUUGCCUAUCAGCUUUCCAAUGGGAUCCCCAUUGAGAGUUGGUUUGUGGACAAGAAUGACAAUGAGCUCCUUAAACUGGUGCCGUUUUUGGAGAAGCUGGUAGAACUGAAUGAGGAUGUCCGUCCACACAUAAGAGAGAGGUUUCGCCUGCAUGACCUUUUACCUCCGGAUUGAACGGUUAUCAGUCGAAACGAUUGUUUCUUGCCAACCUGACUGUUUUUAAGCAGUAGGGGAUUUUCACAAUGGGGAAGGGAGAAUUUGCCACAAACUCUUUGCCAUAAGGAUUUCAACUACAGACUCGCCUACAUUGGCGUUUCUUUUAUGUAGGGUGGGAGGGGGCGGGACUCACGAACAGAUGUUUUAAAACAAAUGACUUGAUGUAUGCAUACGUUUUCUAUACACUUUCAUUUACGGAACUUCAUUUUUGAUUGGUCAUCCGUGCUCGGAGUGGAGUUUAUGCCUGAAUUGGACUUUAAUGUAAAGCACUGCGCAGAAGUGGACAUGCGUCACUCAUUUUGGUGCUCAAAGGGACCCUCUGCCCUCCCAGGCCACUGGCUUACUUCAACAGGAAUGACCAGUUGAAUUUAAAUAUAUAAAACAUGAAUAUAUACAUUCAACUAUGUGUGUAUAUGUAUAUAUAACAUUUGUACAUAUAUAUUUUUUCCUGUCAAGUUUGUAAAACAUGACUUGCCGUUUGGUUUUAAUUCAUUAUGCAUUCCUGUUUAGUUAAAGGUUUUUCAUAGACAAGCUGGCUUUUUAUUAAUUUUUUUACUCUAGGUUUUAUGUAUAUUUAAUGGCCUAUACGUUUCGCUUUCUUUCAAACAUUCGUAAUCCGGUAAAGUGCUUAUCCAGUCACAUCACAUGUACCGCAUAUGGAAAACAAUAAUGAAAUGCUGUUUUGUAAAACUGAAAUCUUGAUUUUUUUUCUCCGUCUCUAGUUGUGGCUUUCAGUUACUGACAGUUUAAUAUCAUUUACCCAUGUCGGACAUAAUUUGGGAACUUUUCUCUUUUUAGUUUCUUUUUAUAUACAAGUAUAGCGGAAAUGUAAAAUACUGUAUGUGCUUUAAAAUGCUUUUUUGUGUGCAAAAAUAAUGCUUUGUCUCUUUCUGAUGUGUCCGGUAAUUGUAGCACCAGCACAUAAACUAGCUGAAAUCACUGCAUAUCUGUGUUUUCCACUUCGUCUUUCUUGCAGUCCCGCUUUGAAAACUGUUUUAGGAAUUAUCAUGUACUGCUCUGCCUACCUCUGAAGGGUAGACCUUCCAUUUCAUUCAGUGUUACCCCAAUGUUUUUAUUUUAUUUCUAUGGACAUUAAUACAUGAUUUUAAUGUACAAGAAGAAUCUGGAGUGUUUUUCCUUGUUGGGCGGGAUGGAAGUAUUAUAUGUGGCCUUGACUGUUA